AUGACGGAUAUUGAACCAUCAGAAGAAUUAACUGGCAAUAUGCAACAGCUAAUAUCAGCUAAAGCUGAGGAAUUAUUUAAUUUAUGUGAUACAGAACAAAAAGGUUUUAUUAUAAAAAAAGAUAUGCAACGUUUACGUGAUGAACUUGGUGUUGAACCUGAACAACUUGAAGAUGUUUUUGAUUCAUUAGAUAUUGAUCAUAAUGGUUAUCUUACAUUAGAAGAAUUCACAUCUGGUUUUGGAAUGUUUCUUGGUGAUCAAAUUGGUGAUGGAAGUGGUAAUGAACAAGAAAUGAUCGAACAUAAUUCAAAUGAUAAAGAAGAACAACAAUUAUUUCAUGAUACAUUAGAAGCAUUAGGAGCUAAAGAUUUAUAUGAUGAUGAAGAAACAAUAAUGGGUUUAUGGAUGAAAUUACGUGAAAAUGAUCCUGUUUUAUUACGACAAUUUGAACAAUUUAUUGGUAAAAUUACACAAGAAAUUCGACGUUCAAAAUUAGAUCAUAGAAGUAUUGAAGCUGCCUUACAAAGUAAAUCAUCAGUACAUGAAUCUGAAAUAAAAAAAUUAUAUGAUGAAAUGGAACAACAAAUAAAAGCUGAAAAAGCCAAAGUUCUUGCACAAGAAAAAUUAAAAGAACGUGAACUUCGAGAACAAAUGGAUCGUGAAUUACGUUUAAAAGAACAACAAUUAUCUGAAUUAACAAAAAAACAAAGUGAUUUAGAAAUGAAAUUACUUCGAUUAAAUUUAAACGAAUCGGAAACAAAAAAUGAAAAUGAACGAUUACAAAAAGAAAAAGUUCAACUUGAAGAGCAAUUACAAGAAUUAACAAAGGGUCUUGAAGAAUCGAAAAAUUAUAUAUCUCAAUUACAAAAUCAAACAAAAAAAGAAAAACGAGAUCGAGCAAAACAAGCUUUGAAUUUAACAGAAAACAUUGCUAUUGAGCGUGAAAAUCUUGUUAAACAACUUGAUUCACUUAAAACUAUUAAUAAACGAUUGGUUGAUGAACGUGAUCUUAGCCAAGGUUCUAAACAACAAGAACGUUCUCCAUCUCCAUCUCAUUCAUCAAGAAAACCAAUUCGAAAACAAGGUUCCAUUCUCUCAGAUUAUUUUAGUUCACCACAUAGAAAAAAUAGUGAACCAGAAGAAGAUGAUGAUCUAAUGAAUUCUUUGAAUGACGGUGAAAGUGGAAAUGGUAUGGACUCAACACGAAAUCAAAAACGUCGUUCCAGAUAUUUAAAACGAUGUGAAAAUGAAACAUCAACUAAUAGUAACACUGAAUCAGAACGAAAUAAAACAAAAAGUCAUCAUCAAUAUCGACGAUGUUCCAGAAGAUAUCGUCAAUUACCUUCUGGUAGUAGUGAAUCGGAAGAUAUGAAUGAUAAUCUUGAUAAAUUACUUAUAUCCAAUUUUAGAAGACAUCGUUAUAAAAUUAAUUAUAUGUCAAAUCGAGAUUUAAUUCGUCUAGCCAAAGAAUUGGGUGCACGUGAACAACCAGUUGGUGCUAAUUCAGUAUUUCAACAUUCAGAAUUAAUGAAUGUUGCACCUAAUGCAGUACCGGAUCGAAUGUUUAAAAUAGCAUUUAUCGGCGAUAGUGGUGUUGGAAAAACAAGUUUUAUUCAACGAUUUUGUACUGACAAUUUUAAAGAUACAUUUUCAGCAACAAUUGGUAUUGAUCUUCAAGUUAAAAUGAUCAAUAUUGAUAGUCGUAUUAUUGCAUUACAAUUAUGGGAUACUGCUGGUCAAGAAAGAUUUCGAAGUAUAACAAAACAAUAUUUUCGUAAAGCUGACGGUGUUAUUUUGGUUUAUGAUGUGACAUCUGAAGUAACAUUUCGAAAUGUUCGAGGAUGGAUGACAAGUGUUCGUGAAUCAGCUGAAGAUGAUUGUGUUGUAGCACUUGUCGGAAAUAAAACUGACUUAUGUGAUGAUGAUGAAAAACGACCGGUGAAAUAUAAAGAUGGAGCAAAAUUAGCUGAUGAAUAUGGAUGUUUAUUUUUUGAAAGUAGUGCACGAUUAGGCACAUCAAUUGUUGAAAUAAUGGAAGCAAUUGCUCGGUGA